GAGGACCCCGUCUUGAUCCGGCCUUUCCGAGGCCACAGAGCAGCAGUGACGGGCGUCGCCUUCAACGCGGACGCCGCGGGGCUGGGGGCUGCUUUUAAUCGCCUACGAUGAGGAUCCGUCUGGCGAGAAGAUGGACGUGGAUCCGCAAAAGCUGCGUGUUUCUCGGCAUCGUGAUGAUCGCUUACUUUGUGGUCGAGCUUUCGGUUUCUUCCUUCGGUGCCUCCCUCGCCGGGGAGAGCAUCACCAAAGGGAAAUGGGAGAGGCGCUUUUCUGACAGAGCAGAAGAAGCUGUGGAUUUGGCUCGUCCAGUUUAUGACAAAUCCCCGCCUGAUCCUUAUGCCCCAGGAGAAUGGGGUAAGCCCUCUCGCCUGCAGCUGAGUCCUGAGGAGAAGAAACAGGAAGAAGAACUGAUUGAGAAGUAUGCAAUUAAUAUCUAUUUGAGUGAUAAAAUCUCUCUCCACCGGCACAUUGAAGAUAAUCGACUGAGUGGCUGUAAAACUAAAUCUUAUGACUACAGAAGACUGCCCACGACAUCUGUUAUAAUUGCUUUUUACAAUGAAGCCUGGUCAACGUUGCUGCGAACUAUACAUAGUGUUCUUGAAACAUCACCUUCAGUGCUUCUAAAAGAAAUUAUACUGGUGGAUGACUUGAGUGAUAAAGUUUAUUUGAAGGCUGAACUUGAAAAAUACAUAAGCAGUCUGAAAAGAGUUCGUUUGAUAAGAACCAACAAACGGGAAGGAUUGGUUCGUGCACGCUUAAUUGGUGCUACCUUUGCUACUGGUGAUGUCCUCACAUUUCUAGACUGUCACUGUGAAUGUGUUUCUGGCUGGCUGGAACCACUGCUCGAGAGGAUUGCUGAGAAUGAGACUGUUAUUAUUUGUCCUGUCAUUGACACCAUUGACUGGAAAACAUUUGAAUACUACAUGCAAACAGCAGAGCCCAUGAUUGGGGGGUUUGACUGGCGGCUGACAUUCCAGUGGCACUCAGUGCCUAAACAUGAACGUCUCAGGCGCAAAUCUGAAACCGACCCAAUCAGAUCCCCAACUAUGGCUGGUGGCUUGUUUGCCGUCAGCAAGAAGUAUUUUGAGUACCUGGGUACCUACGAUACAGGAAUGGAUGUUUGGGGAGGGGAGAACUUAGAAUUAUCCUUUAGGGUUUGGCAGUGUGGAGGCAUGUUGGAAAUUCAUCCGUGCUCCCAUGUAGGCCAUGUGUUUCCAAAGCGUGCACCCUAUGCUAGACCGAAUUUCCUUCAGAACACGGCACGUGCUGCUGAGGUGUGGAUGGAUGAGUAUAAAGAGCACUUUUACAACAGAAAUCCUUCGGCAAGAAAAGAAAACUAUGGAGAUAUUUCUGAAAGAAAGAUCCUAAGAGAGCGUUUGAAAUGCAAGAGUUUUAAAUGGUAUUUAAGAAACAUAUUUGCUGAGUUGCAUGUACCAGAAGAUCGUCCUGGCUGGCAUGGUGCUAUUCGCAGUGCAGGAAUAGCUUCAGAAUGCCUCGACUAUGUCUUACCAGAACAUCAUCCUACUGGGGCUCACCUUUCUCUCUUCGGAUGUCAUGGUCAGGGAGGCAAUCAGUUUUUUGAAUACACAUCAAAUAAGGAGAUUAGAUUUAACUCUGUAACUGAGCUGUGUGCUGAAGUCCCUGAGCAUGAAGACUUCAUAGGUAUGAGGAGCUGCCCAAAAGAUGGAUCUCCUAUUCCAGAAAUUAUUAUAUGGCAUUUCAAAGAAGAUGGGACUAUUUAUCAUCCUCAUUCUGGAAAGUGCCUUACUGCUUAUCGUACAACUGAGGGGCGUGCUGAUGUGCAAAUGAGAACUUGUAAUGCUGCAGAUAAAAAUCAGAUUUGGAAAUUUGAGAAAUAAUCACUGCUGGUAGUACGAAUCGAAUGGACUGUAAUCUCCAAGGUUUUUACAUGUGUGAGCAGAUAACAAGGUUUGGUUGUAUACCUCGGAAUGUCUUCAGAUGCGUCUGUAGUGGUGUAGAAACUAUAUCUGCUGUGGUGAACUGUAUGGAAAGCAAAAGUAAAUACUGGGGUUUAAUUUCUAAAAUGUUGAAUACAGAUCUAAUGCCUUUUAUUUUUGUAAAAUUUCGAUCCAUUAUUUUCUUACUUUGUCUUGAUUAUGGUAAAACAAAGGUUUUUGAGUGGACUGAGGAAGGAUUUUUUUUUUGUUAAAAAUUACACACACUAAACCUGCAAGAUAAUGUUACAUGAAAGUAAAGAUUCUUUACUUACAGAAGUAGAAGUUAAGGUUCUUGCAGUGGAAUUAACUGACCUACGUUGCAGAUACAUUAUAACAUAUGUAUCUAACACCCUGAGUAAUGCUACAGUAGCAUGUUACUGAAUUGACAUUGAUGUGGAAAGUUGAGUCUUAAACCUUGUAGUAUUCUGCGGUUUUCUGGGAAUUUGCUCUUAAGGGUUUCAGAGUGACAACUAGUUAUAUUACAUUGAAGAAAAGGAAGGGGUGGGGUUUUGGUUUGGGGUUUUUUUGGUUUUUUGGGUUUGUGUUUUGGUUUUUUGUUGUUUUUGUAGAUGGGCUUUGGCGUUGUUUUGCAGUCUUGUGCCUAUUGUGGAAAACUUACCUCAAGAGGGUGAGUCAGGAGCUCUCAUGCAUUUAGAGAAGAGUGUGAACCAAGGACAUGCUGGCAGUACCACAAAUGGGAAGAAAUAGGGGUGGCUACCAGUAAAAAUUCUGUUUAAAGGUAAUGGAGAAGGAGAAAGCACAGAAUUGUAUUAGCUGCUGCUGUUUCUUAUCUAUAUAUUUAAUAUUUGCAUUGCCUCUGUAAGAUUUUCGAUGUUCAGCCUGGCAUCCUAGGGACAUACAGCUUAUAUGACUAUACCAUGUAUCCAUUUGGGGGGGGUGUCUGUCAGCAGGGUAGAGGAAGGAAACACAGAGGAAAACUUGAACUGUUUCAUUUUGCAUCAUGUAUUUUGGCAACAGCUGGCAUACAUCAGCCCUAGGUAGAGUUUUGAAAUGAUGUAGCGUACCCUGCCACUUUCUAGUCACAAUAGUACCAUGGGAGACCUCAGGUAAGGUUGGGAAGCUGGAGUUCCUGAAGUGAAGGGAGUUGAGAAGGCAAAGGGCAGCUUGGAGGAAACCAAGAUUUGUUGGUUAGGUAGUUCAGAGCAACUUAUUUAGAAUGUUUUCUGUAUCCUAUUAUGCUGAGUUUUGAAGAAUAUUGAUUCUUGAAUCAUGUCACUAAUCUGUUUUGAGUGUAAUUAUAGACAGUAGAUGUGAUAGGUACAUUGUGUACUUGGAAAAAAAAAAUCUUGUGUUAAUAUCUGUGUUUUUAGCUUUGUAUGAUUUAAGUUGAACACUUACCUUAAUGUUUCAGGCAUUCCAGCUUUUUUGAUUACUUUCACUGAAGUGAUAAAUGUUCUUUAGUAGUCACAGUGUAGUAAUUCUUGAUAUGGGGCUGGUAGGUAGGAACUUGAGCUAGUGAGCAAUAAGAAUCUGGAUACUUGAGGAAUGUAGUAGGUGUGCAUUUGCUGCAGGUGUUAGUAGGUAGAAGGUUUAAAAGGGAGCAAGUGAGACCUGAAAUAAGUGAAGAUUUGCCAAAAAUAAAGCAAGAGUAAAUUAAAAUGUAUUCUUGAAUCUUAGUGGAUUUAAAGAGUUGAGAGGUUUAGGUGGAAGCAGGCGAAGAUAGGAAGAGAAGAGAAGAAAAUUUGGAGCUGUGGAUGUAAUGUUGAAUCAUGCUAAAAAUGCUUGCCACUGUGUGGCAUGGGUUGAUUUAAGUCUUUAACUUAUUUUUAGGAAGUUACUUGCAAUUUGAUUUUUUUUUUCCUCUCUUUUUUUUUUUCCUCCUAAGCUGAUUUUUUUUUUUUUUUUGAAAAAGGGAACUUCUUUACUAUAUAAGGGAGACAUGCCUGAAAAAUUCCAAUCUACUCUGCAGCAAUAAAUGUUUUCAUGGACCUACAAGUUAUAAACCAUUUAUCAAAUUUUAAAAGGCAGCCAGUCAUUAUGUACUGGAGCAAUAAAUUAAACAAAGUAUGUGCUUUUGUGAAAAGCUUGCUGUAAACUGUUAACAUUCAAUAGAAAUGACAGGAAAAAGGCCAGAGUUCUUCCUCUACAUGGCAGAGCAUAAGUUGUAUGUGCAAUGCAUGUUUCCUCAGAUGAAAGUAAUUAAAUGGUGUGAAUAUAGACUAUGCAACUUUUAUACAAUUAACUUUUUUAGGACUUGGCAAAAACUACAUUUCAUAUAAAGAACUACCUUCAUGUUAAAACUGACAUUCAAAGUGUUCCUUAUCUAUUUAAGCAAUAAGUCUAAGUGAAUCGGCCUAUUAAAGUGUGAAGUUACUCUCUAUGUAUGUGAACCCUUCUCCCCACAACCUCCCAUGCUAUUUAUAUGGUUAUUUAAAAACUAAAAGGGAAAAAAAAGGCAAAAAUAAAUAACCAAGCCCUAAAAUAACUAACUAAAUAAACUUAAAAUUUGUUUCCAAUGGGAAUAAAAAAGGUUUGGGGGGGGUGUGGCUAGAGAAGGAGAGAGAAAGAAGAAAAAACAUUGCCAUUUUAAGUUCCACUAGUUUUGAACUGAGUUGCAGCAAUUCUGCACAAAUACUCCAAUCUAGUUGUUUUUCAGUGUGUGCAGAUGUCUCAAAAAUCUGAAACUGAAAGGUUUUCUGUUCUGUUAGACUUUGAAAGUUUGCGGAACACCUGUAUAUAUUAAACUACUGAUUUUAAGUGACUUAAAUUGAAUGUAAACUUAACACUGAAUAAAUGUGGGAGGGCCUUGGGGUUUCUUUUGAAAAAAUAAAAUCCAGAGUGCUAAUUAA